AUGAGGAUGCGAUCACCAGACCCGUCCCCUCUGUCCCCAUCAGAGGCACUGCUGCAUGGGCAGUUUGCCAGCUGGGGAUCUGGGAGUAACAGCAACAACAACAGCUGCCCUAACAGUCCUGGGGGUCCAGGUGGGAUUUCCCCCACGGCCUCCCCCACUCCCCCAUCGGCCUCUAACUACGCCUUGACCCUAACUUAUUCACACAUACACAUCCAGAGACUGUGCCCUCGUCCCGGGAAAGAAGCCCGGCUGCUGUUGCCUUUGUCUGAGCUAGUGGGCUGCAGCUGUCCCCGUGCCCCUGCACCACCUCUGCUGGUGCUGUACUGGUAUCCACCGGGCAAAAAGCGCAAAGGGGUUUCCAGGCGCAGGCAGGUGCGGGCCUACCUGUCUGAGAGCCGCAGUGAAGCCGAGAGGUGGUCUGCUGCAGUACAGUGUCUGCUGCGGGGAGUGGCUGUAACAUCAGACACAGAGUUUUCGAGAAGUCUGCUACCUCGUCCCAGACGACUACUGUUAUUAGUCAAUCCUUUCAGUGGGAGAGGCCAAGCAAUGCAGUGGUGUCAGACCCACAUUCUGCCAAUGAUCAGAGAAGCCAACAUCAGCUACAAUCUUAUUCAAACUGAACGUCAGAACCAUGCCAGAGAGCUCAUACGAGAGAUAUCUCUACCAGAAUGGGAUGGCAUCAUUAUUAUUUCUGGAGAUGGUCUGCUACAUGAGGUUAUUAAUGGAUUGAUGGAGCGGCCUGACUGGGACCAAGCAAUAAAAAUACCUGUGGGUAUUCUUCCCUGUGGCUCUGGAAAUGCACUGGCUGGUUCUGUUAACCAUCAUGCAGGAUAUGACAUGUGCCUCAGAGAGCCCCUCCUCUUAAACUGCUGCUUCCUUCUUUGUCGUGGCGGAGUUCGUCCAAUGGACCUGGUGUCUGUGACCACGAGUCCUGCUCCCAACAGCAACUCCUCCCCCCGAAGACUGUUCUCCUUUCUGUCUGUUGCCUGGGGUUUUGUAUCAGAUGUUGAUAUUGAGAGUGAGAGAUAUAGAGGCUUGGGAUCAGCUCGUUUCACCUUGGGUACCCUGGUGCGCAUAGCUUCUCUUAGAUCUUAUAAAGGACGGCUCUCCUAUUUGCCACCAUCCGUCAUGACGACAUCUCCAGACGCCACACCUCCUCCACCUCGACGACCUCUGUCUCGAAGUAUCACGGAGGGACUGGAGGGUUUUUGCAAAGCUCCCAUUCACCGCACAUCUUCAGACAUGGGUAUCAGCGAGCAGAGGAGCCUGCGACGGGGCGAAGGAGAGCGGGAGAAAGAGGAACGGCAGCGGGAGAGGGAGCGUAGGAGGCAGAGGGCCAGGGGAGGAGGCACGGGAGUUGUGAGGGCCAGCAGUUUGGCAGAAGACCGAGAGAGAGAGCUGGAGGGAGAGAUGGAAGCUGAGGAGGAGUUAUGUUCAGAAAGAUCUGGGACCAGUUCAGAAUCUAAUGAAAGGGAAGAUUGUAACAUGGGAAAGAAUGAACGGUUGGUUGGUAUAAAGGAUGAAGGAGAAGAUGAGGGCACAGUAGAGCAGGACUCUAGUGAGAUGGACGAGGAUGACCGGAGCAAAGACGGCGAUGAGGAGGAAGGUGAGGGCAUGUUACCUUCAAAAGUGCUGUGCGAAAGCUUUACAGUUGACUUGGGACAAGAGGCAGAUGAAGAAGGUACAUCUGGGUUUUCGUAUGAAGAUAAUCCCCCUGACAGCAGACCGGCCAUUAGGAAAAACUCAGCGCCGUCCAGUCAGAUCGUCAGUGCACUGUUGAGCCAGCCACUGAGACCAGAGCCUGACACUGCCCUGUACUCUGUGGAGGACAUGGACCUAAACGGGACGUACUGCCAGAGGGAGCCGUACCCACUGGACCCUCGUGAGCGUGCGCUGACCAUCUCCUCUCCGUUCCGCCACUCUCCCUUUUCGUACAAGGCCAAAGCACUCGACCAGAAUCAGAACGCCUCCCGUCCACGGCCGCUGUCCCUGCUGCAACACUCUCAGUCAAACUCCCUCCCCCCAAAACUGUCAUCCUUGUCCUUAUCCCUCUCCCCCACUCCCCCCUCUUCUCCCUCCUGCACCUCCCCUCACGCCUCUGCAUACCUGGUGCCACGCGUCAACACCCCAAACUCUACCUCACCUUCGCCUUUACGCACACCGUCCUCUUCGUUUAACUUUGAUAUUUCCGAGCCAACAGGACCACUUAAAAACCGUCCAUUUGUGACACUACCUUCAAAUCUCCCGAAAGACGACUUGUUACCCCCUCUCGACCAGCCACUCCCCACCAGAGAUUGGGUCACGAUUGAAGGCGAUUUUGUCUUGGUAUUGGCCCUCUAUCAGUCCCACCUCGGGGCCGACCUGCACGCCGCUCCCCAGGCCAAGUUUGACGAUGGCCUGAUUCACCUGACAUUUGUGAGGGCGGGCAUCUCCAGAGCCACCCUGCUGCGGUUGUUCUUCGCGAUGGAAAGAGGGACACAUCACUCGGUCAGUUCUCCGUAUGUGAGCCACGUAACCUGCAGGGCUUUCCGUCUGCAGCCCCUGUCCUCACGGGGGACACUGACAGUGGAUGGAGAACUUGUUCCCUAUGGGCCUCUCCAAGCACAGGUUCACCCUUCAUUGUCUCGUCUUAUCGUCGGCGAUUCGGGGGUAAAGAUCACACGAUUCUAG